UCAAUACAAGGAGGAAUUUGGUUUAAUGGUGAAAGGAUAACAUCGGAGAAAUAAGUACAAUUUUAUACCUAAAGGAACAGCCAAAUAGUCAACACAUUCUCUAUGUGCAAUGCUUCUUUUGAACAUGAGUCUUUGAAGGUAUUUCCCCUCAGAAGCAGCACGAUAGAUUGGGAACGUCCUUCAGUUUCGCUCGUAAAUUGUAGCAUGCACCAUUUUUGAGAAAAACUGGAUUUUUGCCACCGUUGAAAAUAUGGAAGUUGAAUCCAUAAACAUGGCAAGGAAUUUUGAUGAUGGAUUGUAUUCCGUGGGACCAAGAUGGACAGCAACAUCGAUAUAUAGCAUUGACGAUGGCGGAAUGCCAACCAACAGUACCGUUGAACCAAUGAACGAGACUUGCGGUGAUUUGCUGUAUCUCGGUAAGCAAGCCGAAUACAAAGUGCCGAUUUACGGUUACCUAUCGCCGAUUGUGGUCUUAUUUACCGUUAUUACAAACGUUCUCAUUUGCGUUAUCCUUCUACGACGACACAUGCGUACUCCAACGAACGUCCUUCUGGUAUUCAUGGCUUUAUCUGACCUGUUCACCGGGCUGUUUCCAUUACCUUUUUUGCUCUACGUCUACACAGCUGGGCGCUACGUGGAUUAUCUGCCGUUUGACACAUGCUGGAUGUAUAAAUACCUAUUUGAAAUUAUCCCAACGAUAUUCCACACGGCCUCUAUAUGGCUCACCGUUGCCCUUGCUUGCCAGAGGUACGUCUAUAUCUGCCAUUCGACCAGGGCGAGGGAAUGGUGUACGAUACCAAAUGUCAUCAAAGCCACGUGUAUCAUCUAUAUUCUGAGCAUCUUGUCGCAGUUAAGUCGAUGCUUGGAUACCGAUAUCACUGCAUGUGAGGUGCCAUCACUGGUGAAUCCUAAUGAAACCAUUACCACUUGUUUUGAACAGUUGACCCCCUUAAUUGAAGCUAACCAAAACCUGUACUAUAACAUUUUCUUUUGGUACCGUGUUGUUGUCAUACACGCCAUCCCGUGCGUCACACUCGUAGUCAUGAAUGCCCUGCUUGUGCGCGCCCUUCGUCGUGCACGGCGUCGUCGUGAGAGGCUCUUGCAGCAGAACAGAAAAAGCGAAUGGAAGAAGAUUCACGAGAGCAAUUGCACCACCCUAAUGUUAAUUGCCGUCGUUGGUGUAUUCCUUGUCGUUGAAGUGCCCAUGGCCAUUAGCUUCAUUCUGUACAUCGUGCAGAACACCUUCGAACUUCUUAUCCUGACCGACGACACCCAACAGAGUAUUUCCAUGAUAAUUAACUUCUUCAUCUUAUUAUCGUACCCGCUCAACUUUUUCAUAUAUUGCGCCAUGAGUAGACAGUUCAGAGAGACAUUCAAGCAGGUGGUCUUACGGCGUCCUGCUGACUUGAAGAAGGAUUCUACAAAAUACACCACCUUACCGACCACAGUGAACAUUGAGAACACUGUGGUCAAAAAUGGCAAUGGCGUUAGCGGCGAUGAUUAUACGGGGCCGCAAUGUAACGAAGAGUCCAAAGUGUGAGUUAAACCCGAGAACUUCUGAAAUGGCACCCCACGGGUCGUCCAGUACCAGGCAUAGGUGUGCAAAAAAUCCUAAUUAAAAAUGAUCCUGCCAACAAUGACUGUACGUACUAAUGUUAAAGACAAUCAGCAGGCCUCGGGGUGGGUGCGAACAAUUACCAUGAGCACUCUACCAUGUAUUAGGACAAAACUGACAAGAGGGGGAUGUUGGCGGUGGUGGCAAACGUGACAAAGUUUCUUUGGAAAUUCAAGAACAUAAGCCAAGCUUAUAUUUAAGAGCGAACACGGCCAAGAAGUGUUACGCAAAUGAUAAGUGCCACUUUAGAUAGUCUCAAUGUUGUCGAUAACGACCUGUCAACCCUUAUUAGCGACCAUGGUCGGAAGUUAGUGAAGACAAAUGAAAUGUACAUAUGACAGGAUUGAACCCUUCAGAGGCGAGAAACAUGUCAAAAUACCCAUGCUUUGUGUGUACUUAUCAUCAUCAUAAAUAAGGUUGAGGAACUUGAGUGCAAUGAUAAACCGUAAGCAGGUUCUUCCUCAUGUGAUAGCAUAGGAAUCUGUAAAAUAUGGCGCAAUGAAAGAUACCGCAAAAAUGACGAUGAUGUAGGUGCAGUUUAACGUCCGUUCAACGACUAGACAGUCCAUGAAGACUUUAAAGGGAAUGGUAGUAGAGAAAUCAGUGUCGUCAUAAAUGUUGUCCAGCCUUUUUCUGCAAACAUUGAGUGGUCGGAGUCGUAAUAGAUUCACUCGAUUUAACAAAGCAAGUGGCGUUCCACUCGAUUCCAAAUUUUGCUCAGUCUACAGCAUGAAGAGAGAGUAUCGUUCAAUUGAGGAAAGGGUUUUUUUACUAUGAUUUACAUGUACUAGCUGGUUUUGGAAAGCUUAAUCGUGAAAAUAUCAUUCUACCAAGACACGGGAACAAUUUGGACUGCCUUACUGUUGGCUGAGCUGCGCUCUGUCACAUUGGCUGAUGUUAAAAACUUUCUGGUGAGUCUGCUGUGCCCACUGCUAAUCAAGUUAUCAACAUACACUAAAUGCUACUGCACUUUUUGCCACAAUAUCACUUGUUGGUAUAAACAAGUAUGAUUAAGAACAAUGUCAAACGUUGAGUAAAUGCGUAGGCUGAAUCAAUAAUGAUUUAGAGUAUUGUCAAAAGUUGUCUGGUCUUGUACAUUGUAAGCGGUGGUGCAUGUACAACUGAUCCUGUUGUCAGAUUGAACCGACUUCUUCGCUAAAAGGGGGAACGUUUUCAAUUGAACCUGGAAAUGAUUUAGAUUACACGCGUCCAAUUGCAUUAACUACGUUUUAGUAUAAACGUUAUCAAGAUGUGAUUGAUUUAAGAAGCAGCGUUUGCCCGCCAAGUGUGUCUUAGAAUAAAGACAAAUGCAGUUUGGUGUCGCUUGCUGUGUUACGAAAAGCGCUGGCACUAGGACGGCGGACCAACUGAGGCCAACGUU